UUGUAGCAGUUGCCCAGAUCACAUAGAACAUAAAGUGAAGCCACUAUGUAUGCAAACGACUACAGUUCAGAUGUAUUGUGCAUCGAUGCCGUUUGUGUUAUUUUCCAUGCCCCUAUUUGUCAGUCUGGAAUGUGGUUUGGUAUCUAUCAGGCAUCGAGUGCUCUAUGUUUUGAUUAUGAUGGUCCCCAUUCUGGGCGGAAUGCUACGCCCUCCUGGAAUAAAUAGAUUGGCCCGUGACUACAUAAUCUAUUUUCAAGAGUAUUCUAUGGAAUUGAUAUCGUUAAAGACAAAUUAAGAAUGAUUUAUCCAUCAAUGUUUGCAUUACAUUUAACUUACAACAAAAUAUGAUAUCCUUAUAGCAUCGACAGUGAUUGUGGAAAAGGUAAAUAAGAAAUUACCAUAGCAAUAAGCUACUGUAUUAACAUAAGAAUGAAUUUGGACUUCAAUUGUCGGUGAAAGGAUUGGACAUACUUACAACGUUUCACUUUUUUAAAACCUUCAUGGACGAGCUCGGAGGAAAGGCUCCAGAAAUUUGUUCUGGCGACCGUCUUUAGCUCGCGUUGGGUCUGUUCACAGACAAAUCGUCCAAAUGACGCCCAUAGUCAGUCGUUAUUCCGCACAAAUACGUGAACACAAUUGUAGACGUUUAUAAAGGUUCAAAGUAGAUUUUCAUUAAGAUUUACUAGUAGGUUCGUCGUUUAAUUUAUUGAGGACAUCGUAGUUUAGGGUAUUUUACACCAACCACCCCUCGUUUCACAGACUUAGGGUUUGAGAACUUUUGAGAAUUUGCUUGACUCGGGUUAGGUGUUAACUUUCCAUAUAAAACAUUUCAAAUGCAAAGUAUUGCCAAACAUUUCAAAUGCAUAGUAUUGCCAUCUAUAAAAACACAGACAUAUUUUUUACUUGAUGACAGAACCUUUUGGCCUUAUUUACCUAGUCAUUAAACCUGUACUGAACGCCCCUUUUAGGACAAAAUAAAUAUCAUAGCCGCUUGAAAUUAGAUUUGUUAAAAAGAAUCAAUAAAGUGGCUAUCUAAAGUUGAAACGACCCUUGCCGUUUGUGUUAAGAUGAAUUCAAGUAAAACUUAACGUUAACGCUUUAAACAGAUUUGACACCUAAAAGUAUAAACAUACGAAAGCAUAUAUACUACGAUGCACAGUUGAGAGUUUAUUUGUGUAUGACACUCUACUAAGGUGAUUCGGAAGAGGCGCUUCAUCGGCAUAAUCAGGUGCAAAAGAUGUCUGAAUCGACGAAUAGCGAGAGAGGGAAUUGGACUGGGAAGCUCGAUUUCAUUCUUUCUUGUAUCGGAUUCAGUGUUGGACUCGGCAACGUUUGGAGGUUUCCGUAUCUUGCUUACGAGAAUGGAGGAGGAGCAUUUCUCAUACCAUAUGCCAUUAUGCUUCUCGUAUGUGGGCUACCUCUGUAUUUCAUGGAGCUCGCAUUGGCACAAUUCUGUUCACGGGGACCAGUUUCGUGUUGGACUAUAUCUCCAAUGUUUAAAGGUCUAGGUUACGCAAUGGUCAUCAUUUCCUCUCUGGUUUGCAUCUACUAUAACGUAAUAAUAGCAUGGGCAAUAUUUUACCUAUGCGCGUCCUUUACGUCGGAGUUACCAUGGCAACACUGUGGUAACGUAUGGAAUACAGACGCAUGCAUGGAGAGAAACGCGAGUGCUCGGACAUUUAUUCAAGGGUCAAACAUAACACUUUCAGAUAUUUGCUCAAACUCAACGUUGAAGGCUGACAUUAAUGAUUCAACAAUAGUUUGUCCAACUGCACCAAGUCAAGAAUUUUGGAAUAACUACGUGCUAGAGAUUUCAUCCGGUAUUGAGGAAACAGGGAUAAUCCGAUGGCCUCUCGCACUAUGCCUCUUGCUCGCAUGGAUCGUCGUAUUUCUUUGUCUUUCUAAUGGAAUAAAAUCCUCGGGGAAAGUUGUGUAUUUCACUGCAUUGUUCCCAUAUGUUGUUCUCAUCAUCUUGUUGGUCAGGGGAGUAACACUGGAGGGUUACUGGAAAGGGGUCGAAUUCUACAUCAUCCCGGAAUGGGAACAAAUGAAAUCUGCAAAGGUAUGGGGGGCUGCUGCAACCCAAAUAUUUUAUUCACUUGGAGUUGGAUUUGGAGGACUCCAUGCUAUGUCCAGUUACAAUAAGUUUCACAAUAACGUCUACAGGGAUGCAGUCAUUAUCGCAGUAAUAAACUGCGCGACCAGUGUGUUCGCAGGCUUUGUGGUGUUCAGCGUACUUGGGCAUAUGGCUCACAGGAGUAACGUGGAGGUUAAAAAUGUGGUAGACACUGGUCCAGGUUUGGCGUUCGUUGCGUAUCCAGAGGGUGUAGCUUUAAUGCCAAUUGCCCCUUUAUGGUCUAUUCUUUUCUUCUUGAUGAUAUUCACGUUGGGACUUGACAGUCAGUUUGCGAUGAUGGAGACUGUCAUCACAGGCUUAACUGACGAGUUUCCAGUUUUACGUAAGUGGAAGACUUUGUUUACGAUGGCAAUCUGUAUCGUUUUCUUCUUCUUAGGACUUCCAAUGGUAACUAAUUCUGGGAUGUACUGGCUCCACCUCAUGAACUGGUAUAGCGCCGGAUUCUCACUUAUGUUCGUAACUUUCUUCGAGAUAGUUGCUAUUCAUAUAUAUGGUUUAAAGAAUUUCCUAAAUGAUAUCAAGAUGAUGAUAGGCUUCAGGCCAAAUCCAUAUUGGAUUGUGACGUGGGCUUUUGUCACCCCAGCAGCUAUAUUGUUUAUAAUUGGUUACUCUUUCUACGACUAUGGUGCCGUCACAUACACAGGCAAUCCCUAUCCCGAGUGGGGAGAGAUAGUGGGCUGGUUGAUGGUGGUGUGUUCGGCCGUAAUGAUACCAUUGUUCAUUGUAAUUGAGUGUUGCAAGCGUGGAUGUAAGGGUGCAGCAUUCCAUACCCCAGAAUGGGGACCAGCUUUAGCAGAACACCGUGCUCUCGAUGCUAGAUACCACACCCCUGAUUCACAAAUGCAGGCCUACCACAACCAAGCAUUCUCGAAAGACCAGAUAUGAGAAGUUAUGAAGAUGAUAAAAAGAAAUAAUAAACUGGAGUGCGAUCUCAGUAGUUUUAAAAUCGAUCAAACUUUGCUGAAGGACAAGUAUGACGACUAUUGUAAACGACAUACUCCGUUAGCAUGGUCUUAAGAUCCGGAAUCCAUUCCUAUGUUCGCAAAACCCCCUGAGAGGAUGUAUAAACCAUUCCACUAAACCAACAUUUUUACAUUAAUAACACUAUUACAUGUAUCAGUAGUUAUUAGGGAGGUUAACCAUUUCACGUCAAUAGGCUCCAUAUGGAGCCCUAUU